AUGGCAAGUCCAGACAGAAGUAAACGGAAGAUUUUAAAAGCGAAAAAAACAAUGCCUACAAGUUGCCGGAAGCAAGCAGAGAUCCUGAAUAAGUCAAAGAAUGUUGAAGCACCAAAAACAGCAGCAAUUGGGAAUAAUGUGUCAAGUGGUAAUCAGAACUCAAGUACUGAUGUCAUAAGUAGCAAAUGUAGACAUUCUGAAAAUGAUGCUUCCUCUUUGGACUCUAUCAAAAAUUCAGUAUGUGCACCAAAAAGUAAAGUAUUUUCUCAGAAUUUAAUAAAACCACUAGAAAUUGUUGAUUCCAAAACAAGAUUAGAAUACACUGAAGAACAAGUUGUGUACCCUUUUGAAAAGCCAAGUAAAACAAUAGAAUCUCCCAGGAAAUGCUUUACACAAGACGCAAAAGAUUCACGAAACACUUCUGAAAACCAUUUUGAAUGUCAGGCAAGUGUAACGCGAUCCUUUUUUGAACAUGAAGAGGAUUGUAAUCUGAAACCCAUUUGCUGUCCAUCCAGUGUAUUGAGUGGUGUAGUUCAAAUAUCAAAGUCUACAGUAACCAAUACCUUGAACGAUAAGAGAAUUGACAAGAUAGUUUCCUGUUUAGAAACAAACUCUAAUUCUGAGUUACAUGAUAAAAGACAAAAUAACACUUUAAGUUCAGAUAUCCCUUUUGUGCCUGUUGAUAAAAUACCUAAGUUGGUAAAUUCAGUCAUUUCUAGUAACUGUGCUGCUGACGUUUUGAAAAGUGAAGAAUCCUGUAGAACCUGUCAUUCCAGCAUUUUAAGUUGUGAAAGUACAGAUGCAAAGUGGCUGUCCUCGUUUGACACUGAUAGUAAUAACAGCCAUAAUCAAAAGAAGAGGAUGUUUUCAGAAAACAAAGAAAAUGUUAAGCGUGUGAAAACUUCAGAGCAAAUUAAUGAAAAUAUUUCUCUAGCUCUGGGGAAGCAAACAGCAUUGCUGGAACAGGUCAGACAUUUGAUUCGACAGGAGAUCUGUAGUAUAAAUUACAAACUAUUUGAUAACAAACUGAAAGAAUUGACUGAUCGCAUUGGGAAGACACAAUGCAAGAGUAAACAUGAAGCAAUAGCUGAUGAACUCUUCACAAAAAUAACAAAACUUCAAAGACGUAUUAAAAUGGUAAUGUUAUCUCAAAGAAAUUGUGUGGAACGAAACAUGGUAUCCAGCAGUACAGCUUGUAAGGUUGCAAAUUCAGAGACUAUGAAUUUGGAUAAGAAUCCAGAGUCAAUUAAUAGUCCACAGGAAAGAAAAACUUCUGUGAACUCUGAACCUUCUAAUCCUUCAGAAAAAGCAAGUGAAAAGAUUAAUUUGUCACGGGAACAUAAUGAGGCUGUUUCUGAAAGCAAUAAUGAUGAUAUCAUGUUGAUUUCUGUGGAAAGUCCUAAUUUGACAACUCCAAUUACAUCAGAUCCAACAGAUACUGGAAAAAUUACAUCAGGAAAUUCUAACAAUUCACCUGAUGCUGAAACUGAAGCUAUGAAGAAGAAACUUGAUUCUGUGAUUGAUCUAACGAAAGAAGGCCUGUCAAAGUGCAACACAGAAAGUCCAGCAUCCACGCUUGAGUCACCUACGAAAGCUAUUUCAAUCUCAAAAGAGACAACCCCAGUGGCACAAAAUGCAGCCCAGGUUCUUGAGUCAUUUGAGCACCUGCCACCUCUCCCGGAACCACCACAACUACUACCCGAACUGGUAGACAAAAUCCGAGACACACUUCCUCCCCAGAAGCCUGAGCUCAAAGUAAAACGGGUGCUGAGACCCAGGGGCAUUGCCCUUACUUGGAACAUAACCAAAAUCAAUCCUAAGUGUGCCCCCGUGGAAAGCUACCACCUCUUCCUGUGCCAUGAGAACCCUAAUAAUAAGCUGAUGUGGAAGAAAAUUGGAGAAAUUAAAGCUUUACCACUCCCAAUGGCCUGUACUUUAUCUCAGUUUUUAGCUUCCAACAAAUAUUAUUUUACUGUCCAGUCAAAAGACAUUUUUGGGCGAUAUGGACCAUUUUGUGAUAUAAAAUCUAUUCCUGGGUUUUCUGAAAAUCUUACCUAA